GUGUUUUGAUUGAAUGGGAGCACGGGUCAUAAAAAGCCAAACUCAUGAGAAUUUGUUGAUGAGUGAUCACCAGAUUCUUGCUGUUUACAUGGGCAAGAUUGUAGAUCAUACGUAUAAUGGUGUUUAUCCUUGAUCGUAUAUGGGCAAGAUUCAUUUUUACAUGGGCAAGAUUGUAGAUCAUACAUGGGCAAGAUUCAUUUUUACCCAGAGGAAGAAAAAAGCUCUCGUUUGUAUUAUGGGCUUGAUUCUGUACUUGAUUUUAUCCUUCAUGUUUUGAGAGAUUUGCCUCUAAACAGCGGGUUGUGGUUUGAGAUUGAGAAUUCAACAGACACGGAGUCGAAGCAGUUGGAGAUCCCUCAGAAUGCUUAUAGGGCUGUUUUGGAGUGGCAUGGAAGGGUGAAUUGGCGGACAGAAGAGGUGACACCAGUAGACGACGAAGAACCCGCGAACAGGCCUGAGCGACUGAAUUUGGCCGGCGAGGGAUCUGAACCGAUAGAGCUCCGAGAUUGGAUCUGGACGGACUGCUUUGAGAUGGAAUGGCAGCAGCAGACGACGAUGCUCUCGAUUCAGUUGUAGAGCCAAUUAGAUCCGAACCCAUUUUUUGUUUUCGUGAUCUUGCGUUGGUUGCGUCGGACCAGGCUUCAUUCCCCCCAAUUACGCCUUCCUUUUGGAUAUUGUUGAUACAUGGAUGUGUGGGCGGUGGACAAGAGCAGAUUGGUGUAAUGAUGAUGUGCAGAUCUUUGACUUUUUUUCUUUAACUUUCUCGUCACUGAAAUACAGAAAAAAAGGGGUAAGAGUUUCAUCAUUACUCUCGUGAACCACCCAUGCCAGUUACACUUAAUUUUCGGAGUAUUUUUUUUAUUUGAAAUAAUUAAUUAUUUAUUUUUUAAAAAUUUUUCUGAGAAACAAAUAAAGAAAUAUGAGUAAUUAUUUUGUUAUGAUUACUGUCAUGAUGGUUUGCAGGAACACAUAAUUGUGUCCUUUUCGAGUGGUUAGUUUUCCUUUGCAUCUUUUAUGCUUGCCCUUUCUUUCUUUCUUGUUUAGGGUUUUGCUUUCUCAUCAUAACCCCAGAAUUAUAUUCUUUGCUUCCUGAACAAAUCUUCUCUAAUUUCUCACAAAAAAAAGAAAGUACAGAUUUGGGUAAUUGAAAUGCUUUUUAAUUUUGGCUGUUAGAUCUAUCUAUGAUUUAUCUUUUUCUUGAAAUUUCAGAUCUGAAAAUUUCUUUUCUUGAAUCUGAACUAAUAAUGUUGCAGGGAUGAAUUGGAUACAGGUAUGAGGAUGCCGGGGGGCCCGAACCGAACCGUAAUUUAAUUUCGGGUUGUUUGAGGAUCAAAUGAAGAGAAUCUGAUACCUUUCUAAUGGUGUGGCCGGUGCAGGAAAGCAAAGCUUUAGCAUCUGCUGGCAAAGCAAAAAAAAAUGUUUCUUGAUUGUAUAAUAAUUUCAUUAUAAUUCAAUGUAAUUGUACGGAUUGUUAAUGGAAAAGCUGUACUCCUUCCGUGUUGUAGUCCUUUCCUUUACUAAAAUAAAUCUUAUUUU